AUGGGGCGCCAUAAUGAGUUCUUCGUGAUAAACAAACUUGGAUUUGACUGGUAUGCGCGAGUGUACAACUUCUGCAAUUUUCACAGGGACGUCAAUUCGAAGGGGGCCUCAUCCUUGAUUUAUAACCGAUUGAAGCCCAUACAACGAAAUGAGGGCUCUUUGGGGUCUAUGAUCAAAUUCCAAACAGGUUUCGACGCGGAGAUUCGGCCUUAUGAGUCCAUCUGA